AUGUCGAGAGAUGAAUAUAGUGUGGUCGUCGAAGUGGAUGACGAAUCUCCUGUUCGAAGAGAAGAGCUAGAGUUUCAAGAUUUUUCUUCUACUUCUGGAGUUGGUGGUAACAUAUCUCAAGAUAAACAAGCAAACUCUAGUGGUGAUGGAUUUAACAAUGCAACAUUUUUCGAUCCACAUCAGUCAAUUCGAAAUGAAUCACAAGGCGGUUCAUACCCUUUUUGGUCAAUUGAAUAUUAUGCUCAAUAUUUCGAUGUAGAUACCGAUCAGGUUCUUGAAAGAGCAUCUAAAAGUCUUUUUCCAAAAGAUAAUUUUGAUGAUGUAGUCGGGCCAAAUCCUGAUUUAUAUGGACCUUUUUGGAUAUCCACAACUGUUAUAUUCUUACUUUUUGUAACAGCGACAAUUGCCAAAUCAAUUGCGGCUAUUAUUUCAAAGAAAAAUCCUAAUUAUGAUAUUACAAUUUUAUCUUUUGGUUUUGCUGCUAUUUACACAUAUACUUUUGUUAUACCGUUUAUUGUUUGGGGUUCAUUAAAAUAUCUUGGCUGUAGACCUUCAUUAUUGUAUACUACUGGUUUAUAUGGUUAUGGUUUAACUGUAUGGUUGCCUAUUUCUAUCAUUAGUGUUAUUCCUUCCGACACGGUUCGAUGGGGUCUUGUGAUUUUUGGAUUUGCAAUUUCAGGAUUUUUCAUAGCAAGAAAUCUUUAUCCAGUUAUAUCAAGAGCUGAUUCGAAAACUUCUAGAUUAUUCUUAAUCAUUGUGAUAGCAGCUCAUGCUUCAUUCUCUUUAUUACUUAAGUUCAAAUUUUUUUCAUAUCAAGUAGAUUGGGAGAAAACUAAUCCUAAAAAUUAA